CAUAGCUGGACCGCGAAUACACGUCUGACCGGCCACAACCGCAACAACGGAACGGUGAUAGAUGCGAGCGCUCGGACUGUCUCAAUGUGCAUUGCGCCUCAAACACGAUGAAGUGCGCGCCCUCGGUGCCGCGCAAGGUACACCAUGGCGAGCGGGCUGACGGCGGAGCCCUUGGGAUCCGGCUACGGCUUCAACUGGGUCUUCUUGGUUGAGAUCCUCGUCUGCUCUAUCCUCGCCGUCUUCUUCCUGUUCUACUUCAACCGACUCUUCGCCACCCUCGUCUCCUACUGCAUCCGAGCCUACACAUGGCACGCGUUCCGGGCCUACAUCGACAUUACCUCCCUCCAGAUCAGCCUGCUGGGAGGGAGGGUCUUCUUCAAGAGUAUAAGAUAUCACGCGCAUAAUGUGACCUGUCUGGUACAUGAAGGUCACAUCACUUGGCGUUAUUGGCUCAGACAGGUCCAGGAUGCAGAAGUGUUUGAAGAGGAAGAUCCCGGGCGGAGCGGAAAGGCGCGCAGCAGUUCCUUCAAGAGUGAGAAAAGCGGCGGUCAUGAUCAGAACGAGCAAGCGCGCAGUCGGAGCGUAGGGAAAGCAGAGACCGGUGGCGCCCGGCCGAAAAAGGAACUGCCAUGUCGAUUCUCUAUAAAGGUGUCAGGUGUGGAGGCAUUCGUAUACAACCGGAGUCCAUCCUACGACUUGGUCCAAGAAUCCACCCUGAAGCAUACGCACGCUUCUGACGCUUCCGGAAGUGAUGCGAGACCAGAUUACGAUCCCGAUUCCCCGCCAUCCUCCAGCGAUGAUCCCGACAAGAAGCAUCGAUUCCCGUUCUUUCGCGAGAAGACCAAAGAGAGCGUCAAUACCGAUUCUCGCUCCAUUGGCCCCGACACUAGCCACACGAACGAGCAAAAGCCGCCGGUGCCUGCAUUCUUGCGUCUCUUCCCGGUCAGAGUCGAAUGCAGACAAGCAGCGGCCACGCUGGGUAAUGAAAACACGACCAAUGUCAUUAUUGCCAAAGUCAAUAGGGCUACCGGAACCAUCGAUGCUGGACAUGCCGGACCCCUCGAUCUAUUCAAGUUGCUCUUCAACUUCGAUAUGGAGAAGUGCAACGCCACGAUGAGGCCAAACCAGGACUUCAAACAACUUCAGCUUGCCGCUGCACAGCGCAUCUUAAGUGAAGAGGAGACCGACCCUACCCCAGAGAUGGGCCGCAUUUCCAGAUUCCUUCUGCGCCUCCUUGCACCUUGGCGCAAAUUGGCUGGUGGGCUCGGACGAGCAACGCACAGUGCCACCCGUUCUGUCCGCGCGCUUUCUUCCAGGUCAUCCCGCCGAGGCAGUGCCAUUGAUCUGGACGGCGCACCCACACAACCCAAGUGGUCUGGUCUUGAUAGAUACAUGGAUGAAGCCGAGGCUGGCAAACAUGAUGAGUGGAACGACAUCGAGUACGCCAAAGCCUCUACGCUGGCAGACAUCGAAAAGCUCCACAUGAAGUUCUACUUUGAUCUUCCUGGGACUGUCCCUCAUGGUGGAGGGCUCAAUGGCAACCUCCAGAGCUCGGAAUACGAAGACGAUAUCAAUGGCUCCGCGCCCCCAGAUUACGGCAUGGACUUCGCGGUCUACGGAGGAACGGUCACAUACGGUCCAUGGGCGGACAGGCAAAGGCUCAACAUACAGCAGAUCUUUUUCCCUGCUUCCUACGUGGAUGCUAUACCGCCCGCACCUCUGAAGCCCGGAGAAACGCGCAAUUGGACCAUCUUCAAGAUUUUCAUCUCCAUCGAAGAAGACGUAGUUCUCCGAAUACCCUCGCGAGAACCAUCAAAGGACGAGAAAUGGCAAGGUCGCGCAAAGAAGAGUACAGCAGCCGAUGACCAAGACAAGGUCGUGUCGAGGAAAGGGGGGAAACAUGGCAAGAGACACAAACACGCGAGACGACGCAAAGGCAAGCAGGGAAACCCGGGGAUCGAUGCUCGACCCUACGCGUGGCUGGAUGUUGUUGUCAAGACUGACACAACCGUGAGAUAUACCAUGGACAUGUUCCCCCGAUCAUCUGGCUACCGAAAUACUUUGGACGUUGAUUGCAAGGCGACUGAGAUCAACACGAGCGUGAACCACGACUUGCUCUGGAGGACUGGCGCCAUUUCUGUCGUUGCAGACCUUGCGCAGCCCAAUGAAUGGAACACUCUACGGAAAUGGCCGUUUGACAUCACGAUCAACGACAUGGAGCUCUUUAUCCUGCGCGAUCACUUGUUCCUCAUCAUCGACCUCGUGAACGACUGGUCUUAUGGCCCGCCGGUCGAAUUCUACACGUUCGUGCCAUACUUUUACAGCAUGCAUUUGCUGUUCCGCAACUUCACCAUGUAUCUCAACGUUAACGAUGCGAAUAUUGUGAACAAUCCCGCGGAUCUGACCCGGAACGAUUUCCUCACGCUCGAAGGCGUGCUAGACUCCACCUUGGACAUCAACAUGGAUCAAUAUCGACCUGUACGCAAUAUGAUCACAUUCGAUGUCUUGGCGUCCGACUUGCGUAUGAGGAUGCUGAGCGCUACGCGGACCACCAUGAGUUCGCUUUUGCAUGACAAGGUCGUGGCGGAACUGCCGAAGCUGACGUUGUAUGGCUCAUACAGCGGACAUCUCGAGGAGCGGCCUGGACUCGUCGACACACUUCGGUUUGACAUCGUCGGAUCAGGCCUCACCUUGAAGGCGUAUGGGUACCUGGUUCGCCAACUCAUCAACAUCAAGGAGAAUUACUUUGGCGAUUACAUGCACUUCAAGACGCUCGAAGAGUUCCAAGAAGCGGACGAUGAUCUCGCAGUGGCCAACAUCAAGACGGCGAGCAUACCAAAGCCUAGCUUCAUCAACGAGCUCGAUGUCAUGUUGUGCAUCGUUGCCGAAGACGUGACGCUCCUCCUGCCGACGAAUAUCUACUCCGCAAACGAGUUUGUGCGAAUCGAGCUACCUGUGGCUAAUUUAGAUCUCCGGAUCGUGAGCUACUAUCUCGAUAUGGGCCUGCAACUUUCCCCGGUUACGUUCUUCGCAGACAGCACUACCUCUUCCAGCGGCGAGGACUCUCCGGUCGAGACGUCAUCCCAAACGCAGCUUUUCAUCAAGCACGUCAACUUGGAUGGCCACCGCUCCUUUGGCCUUCCACCGGAUGAGCCAGCAUAUAUCAGUCAAUGGGAUGUCGAUGUGGGUGCCAUCUCUGGCGAGUUGCACGGCGCAUUUGUCCACGAUCUUGCCAUGGGUGCUAGAGCAUUCGUCUUUGGCUUUCAAGAUUGUGAGAAUGCGUUGCCGAUACCUCCGCCGACUAUCUUCUAUGAGGCCACAUUCGUGCAGGUGCGGACCGACAUACUGCGUCUAUGGUUCCAUGCCGGGAAAGAGGCCUUCUUGUUCUCUGCGGAUCCUGUUGAGGUUACGACGAAUGAUUGGGCGAGUGACUCAUUUUCCCAGAGGAUCAGUGUCCUUGCACCAAAGAUCACGGUUGCUUGUGUGGAUGCUCGCGGCUCAGCCCGCCAUCGGGCGGCCGAGAAGCCCAGAACAUCUGGUAGAGCGACUGUCAAGACGUACGCUUUCUUUCAAACUGGAGCAGCUAUCAACGUUGUCUUACGAAAGGCGCACUUCGAGCUUGAGACGCGGAAACAGCAGGCUUACAUCCGCGAAAAUGAUCGACGCACCAACCGUGCGCCAUUCCUGCUGCGUGGAGAGGUUCUGGAUGGAAUCCCAAACGACAAUCCCGAAUUCUAUCCACCUACAUCGCCCUAUCCUUUUAUGCCGCCUCCGCUUGACAGUGCUGGCCAGGCUACACGACGCCCAUCUUCAAUCAAGUCGAUACCCAGCCUCAGAAGCCUCAAUGCCGUUCGCGCUAAGGCAUCUUCAUCGAGCCUGUCAGCCUCCAUUCGUACCGGCAUGCAAAGUGCUUCAAACGGCAUGCGAGGACAUGCCAGCGACUUCCCAUCUUCCCGUGGGAGCAUGAGAAGCUCUAGCCCAGCUUCAUCAUUACGAUCAUCGAUUCACAAGGAACGAGACGACACUGCCGCCCACUCCCAAGGGCACAUCAACCUCGGGCCGUCAAGGAUAGCGUUUUCGAGCUCCUUCGCAGAGCCUUACUUUCCUCUAGACAUGCUGAAGCCUGACGAAAGUGACGUGCCGGGGUAUGAGCAGGUACCAGAGUCUGAUGAUACUACUUCGGACGAUGGUAUGCUUGAUGAAGCCAUCGACUACCCUCAUGACCACAGUGCUGCGCGGACCUCGGUGCUCGUUCAACUCAAGCCUGGGAUCCGCGCCUAUUUCGAGCCCAGGACUGUGGUGGCUGCAGCGAAAAUCUUUCGUAAGAUCCUCCCAAAGAGUCCGGAGGAAGUCAUGGAUGCGUUCCAGAUGGACGUCCUUGGUGCUGUCGCCGCCAAGCAGCGCGAACAGGGCAGUGGAGAGAACUCGACGCUCGAGAUCCAAGCUGCCUUGCCAACAGCUCGUAUUAGAGCGGUGAACCCCGGUCCCACGUCUGACACCAACGAUCAACUUGACCUCAAUCUACGUUCGAUUGACGCGUUGGUCAGAGUGAGAGAUUUGCCAAUGUCGGAUGUGAAGGAGACCCUCGCAGUACACGCCACUUCUAAGAGCGUCUCCGCCUCGUUUGGUCGUCCUGAGCAUCUAUCGACAGUCGGACCAGCAGUGCAAGCCAGUAUCGAUGACGCUCUUGUGUGGGUGGCAGCUGCGGCAGCAAGAUCAAUUCAUGCCACCAUCGAGGAUACAGUAUUCGCCAUUUCGGGCGAGCGGGCUGAGAGCUUGGUGGACUUUGUGUUGCGGGUGGUCCCUCUGAUCACCGAACUAAAGACCAAGGUUGCGGCGCCACUUGAGUUGAAUCGCAAUCGCUUGUUGCUGCUUGUUCACACCUUGACCCAACGCAACGAAGACCUUGGCGAGCCCGCAUACUUCUCCCGGGUGACCUAUAUCCUGCGUGCUUUCCCAAACCACGUACGGAAUCAGGAAUCUUGGAAGCUUCUGGCAAGGCUGAGACACAUUCUCAGAGAUCUCCCUGCCGACACUCUUAAAGAGCUUACAGUCAAGCUCAAGAAGGCAGAGCUGGACUUUGCCCCGGACGCGCCCGCCAAAGCUCUUGACACGUGGGCACAAUGGCAGAAUUGGGAUGUUCCCAACGUACAUCAGACUGUGGCCUUCCAGAUGUUUUUCGGAGACGAAGAAGAGCAGGUCUUGCAUACAACUGUGGAAAAGCCGCUUCUGCUCACGGUCAGGUCAGAUUACCUCCGACUGGCUGUUGAGGCCGACAAGCUGGCGAACGAAAUCGUCAUCAGAGAGACGUCCCUUGGAGUAGAGUCCACGCCUCCGACGGCCCCCACGGGUUUGAUGCUGGUCGAUGAGAAUACAAGGACGAAAGUGAUUGUGCAAAUGCACUCGAGCUCAAUCGCCUUUCUGGCGAAUUGGAGUGCAUUCUCCAUCGCACAACGUGUGCUGGCAUUCAAAGACAAGUUACAGCAGCUCCCUCUACCCACUCCCAAGGUGGAAACAGCAUCGAAAUCUCAGCGUUUCGAGGAUGAGCUCAACCGCACCAUUUUUCAAAUCGUGGUGUCGACCGACAGCGGCAGCAUCUCCGUUGAGAGCAUCAACCUUCGCCAUGUCUCACGGGCAGACGGACUCAAGAUAUCCCUCAUCGGAGCCACACAGGUUGUGGAAGAGGGGUAUGGGCCUUGUGCCACCGGCAUAAUUAACGCCGAUACUGCAGUCACGGAACUCUUUGCCGGUUCUCGACCGUUGUGGCGAACGAACAUCACUUCUCCGAGCAUCUACGCCGACCACUUGCGGCCCGACGCUACCGUCAACGUGCCACCGUCAACCUACAUAGCUGUCGGAAGCAAAGGAUUGGAACUCAGACUGUUGGAACAAGUGCCCGGCUUGCUUCAAAUCGUGGACUCGGUGAUCUUAGAUGAAGUCACUCAGGUUCUGGAGCUGAUGAGAAGCGCCGGAGCAGUCGCCUCACCUACCCUUGACAAAGCGCAGCCGGCGGUUACGGCAACACUCGCAGAGACAUCGAGCCCUCCAGUCAAACUUCAUGUCGCUCUACUCGGGGGCGAUCUUCGCGUCGAGGUAUCUUUGUUACAGGCAAUUACCUAUCAGAUGGUAGGCACCGGUACAAGCGUACGCUUGGCUCCAAGCCUGUCCGAGGACCGGAAAUGGGCGAUUGACUUCGAUAUCGGCCGGCAGAACCAUCGGUUCAUCAAUCCAAAAGCCAGCAAGAAGUUCGAGCAAAGCAUCCUCGACGUGCCGCCGGCCAAUGGCCAUAUUGGAUUGCAGCUUGCGCCCGAUGUUACUACCUUGUCCGUUGGAGCCACCAUGGAGCGAGUCGACGUCAACGCAGCGGCCAUCCAAGGAGUCGUCGCAACGCUCAAUCAUCCUGGGGUCCAGGACGUAUUGAAAGCGGUCAAAUCCGGCGUUGACGCCAUCAAGCAGCACGUGGUCGACAUUUUCCCGCCUCGCGAUAAUCCACAGCCAAAGCCUGCCGCGAGUCAGAAAAAGUUUGCUUACGAAGUCCGAUUUGCUCUGUUGGGUAUCCGAGUCGCGGCCGUAACUCCUCGAAGCAAGCGAUCGACUACCGAAGUCGAAUUCGGCAUAGGGACGUUGCACACCAUUGCUUCGAACAAGCAGUAUUUUCCCGAUAACAAGAUUUACCUGCCAGAAGUCCGCGCUCAAGUCAAAGAAAUCGGAGCGAAAUUACAGAUUCACGAGGGCACUUACACUCAUCCCUGCGGCCGCUUGACCCUUGGCAUCAAUAUGCAUUUCAAGUCGAGCAUUGACAAGAAUGGCCGACUUGUACGUACCUUGAGGGUACAAAGUGACAGCCUGGAAGUCUACGUCUACCCAGAGACAGCCUCGACGGCAGUCGACGUCAUCAACCACAUGCAGGAUCGGCUCAGGCGUCUUGACUUGUCCAAAGAGAUGGAGUACAUCCGUCGGCUCGGAGACGCUCGUCGACACAGUGUGGUGCAGAAGAUUAAAGGCAAGCAAAUCGCUAACGAGGAAGGUGAACUCUCUUUCUCUGCUGCAGAUCUUUUGUCCGUCUCCACGACCGUGCAGCUCAACAACAUCAAGCUGAGCUGGAUCGUAAAUCAAUCGUAUGCGGCCAGUCCGAGCGCACGAAUCUCCGACCUGGUACUCAGUCUGGCGGGCAUCGAAUUCACAACACGAGGAGGACAUGAAGCGCGGCUAGCGAUCACGGACCUUCAGCUUUCACUGGUGAAGCAUAACAGCGCAUUGGUGAAGCGAGCGCUGAAUUCCGCCCUUCUCCCCGAGGUCACCUUUAGCGUGGGUUACUGGUCGACUGGAGACAAUCGCAGUCUCACCUUCAAGGCCGCCGGCAAGCCUCUCGAGCUCCGUCUGGAAUCCAAGUUCCUCGUCCCUGUGAAUGCACUGUCCAAGUCUAUCAACUUCGCGAUCGAGAACUUCCGCAGUGGCACAGCGACAUGGAAGACGGUGGCUCCAGCGUCAGCGGCGCCCUCCGUUGGCCAGCUGUUCGAUGUGAAGCGGCUGGGCUCGCUCCUGUUCGAGGCAGACUUCGCCGGAGCUUUGUUCUACGUCCAGGGUUCAGGGACUAGCAAUCAGAACCUGGCUACAAUGGCGGCCUCGUCACACCAGCGUGGCUCGCAGCAUGGUCGUUAUGGACAAUUCGCAGCCGAAGGCACAGAACUGCAGGCCACACUUAAGGCACCAGGCAUUGCAAUGAAGUUUGAGUACAAUGCUGGGACCAAAGUACGACAGCCAACCUUGAACGGCGAAAUCAGGAUCGAUGCUUCGAGCAAUCUCCUUUUGCCGAAUGUCGUACCGCUCCUGCUGGAGAUCUCUCACAGCGUGAGCUCAGUCGUGAAAACCCAGGGCGAGCAGAUGCCUCCAGGAGGAGCAGCGCCAACACCCACCACGAACCCAGCUCAGAAGUUGCUGGAAGACGACUCGAUCAUCGUUGCCGAUCCUGCUGUCUUGUUCGGCAAGAUGAAGCUCGACAUUGGCUUCCGUGUCUGUCGGCAAGAGUUUGGCCUCACUUGUCAGCCCAUCGCCCGCGUGGACGCCAAAGCCGAGCUGGACGACUUCUAUUUCACCGUCAACACCAUCGAGUCUGAUGAGCAUGGCCAUUUCUUUGCAAUUACCGCGGUGGCGACGAAGCUCAGCGCCCAGGUGAAGCAUGUGUACUCCCGCGAGCCGACAUUCACCUUCGACAUGGAGUCCAUGGUGCUGUCUGUGAUGAACAGCAAGCAUCUCAGCGGCGAACCAGGGAUUUCGGCAAUUUUGAAGCUGCAUCCCACGCGUACGUUCAUCAAUGGUAAGCAACUGCAAGACUUAUUACUGUUUCGGGAGAUUUGGCUGCCGCCAGAGAUCCGCGCGGCAGGCAAUACAACUCAGUCAUCUGCCGCCCGUCAAGAUGAGUUCUUCGUGCAAAAGUAUCGCGCCGCUGCUGCGGCUGCGGCUUUUCCCUGGAACGCUACCAUCUCGAUCGCGCAGCUGGCCGUGGACGUUGAUCUUGGGCAAAGCAUCGGGAAGUCGUCCUUCUCCAUCACCAAUCUGUGGGCCACUCAGACCAAGUCGUCGAGUUUCGAACAAAAUCUGUGCAUCGGGAUGGACGAGAUGGCGAUGAACAGUACGGGAAGAAUGUCCGGAUUCAUUCGCUUGAGCAAGCUCGGGGUGCGGACGUCCAUCACAUGGCCUCAGAAUGCGGCAGCGCAUCAAACGACUCCGCUCAUCCAAGCGUCCGUCGGCUUCAACAGACUAUUGACGAAAGCGGCAUUCGACUACCAGUCUUUUGCUUUUGGAGACAUUGAGGGAUUCGAUUUCCUCAUGUACAACGUGCAUCAAGCGCACAGCAGCGCAAGAGACCGUCUGGUUGCUGUUCUGGACUGCGACAAAGCGUACAUCUUCUGUACGGCGACAAGUCCGGCACGAGCCGUGGGCCUCUAUCAAGCGUUCGAUCGUCUGAUUCAAGAGAAGCAAACGGCAUUCGAAAACUCUCUGAGGGAUAUCGAGAAGCACAUUCGUCGCGAGAGUACGAUUGUGCCAACUCGAUUCGGACCGAGCAUUCCGAACACCCCGGUUAUCGCUAAGUCGGAGAAGAAAGGGACGAUCUCGCUGCACACUGACGUUGUUCUGACCAUUGGUACAAUCAGCUUUGGUGUCUACCCAGGUACAUUCUUCGACAAUCAGAUUUUGAAACUGGAAGCCAACGCCAUUCAAGCUCGAUUCGCAGCCGGUCUGGAACAGGGAAAGGUCGCAAGCGCACUGGGAAUGACGUUGGGACAAUUAUCCUUUGGCCUUGCUUCCGUCAAACGCAUCAACGCCGUUCCCAAAGCGCUCGACAUUUCUGUCGACGAGGUCAUCACCACUGCAACCAACGCUCGCGGCGGCACCAUCCUGCGUGUGCCCAAGGUGAUUGCUUCGAUGCAGACCUGGCAAGCACCGCAUUCCAACAACGUCGACUACAUUUUCAAGAGCCUCUUCGAUGGCAAGAUCGACGUGGGCUGGAACCUGUCCCGCAUCGACUACAUUCGAGGCAUGUGGACCACGCACACCCGCGCGCUCGCCGCUCGUUUGGGCAAAGCGUUGCCGGCGUCGGCGGUCAAGAUUACAGCCGAGAAGGUGAAGGAAGGCAUCGACGGGGCGACAGAAGGGAACAAGACCGAGGGCGGGCACCAAGAGAAGAUCACCGCCGAGGUGAACCUGCCGCUGUCACACUAUGACUACCAUGCGUUGGUGCCGCCCAUUAUCGAGACACCGCAGCUCAGGGACAUGGGCGAGGCGACACCGCCGCUGGAGUGGAUUGGGCUGCAUCGCGACCGCUUGCCCAAUGUGACUCAUCAGAUUGUGAUUGUGAGUUUGUUGGAGGUGGUGAGGGAGGUGGAGGAUGCGUACAGGUCGAUUCUGGGCUCUUCGUGAUGAUUCUGCUGGUUUUGCUUAUGAAGCGUUCGAGCGAGGCGUUCAAAAUUGGGCUUGGGGGGAUAGCUUACUCGGCGGGUACGUAUUGUAUAGUGUGUUUGUAAGCUGCGAGUAGUCACCGUACCUAAUUUAGAGGUUAUUCACCAAUGCUUCCUAGAUGGCUGUG